AUGUUCUCGCUUUCCCCGGCUCCACCUCGAACUCCAACGACUGAUUCUUAUGUCGAGAAAGUCGUGCACAACUGCACUCACGCAUUUGUCCGGUGUGACCAUGUGCGCCUGCUGCUGGAAUCACCAUACGAAGGACCGCUCCGCGUGCUCGCACGCAACGCCAAGGCCUGCCUGAUAAUUCGCGGUGACAAGGAGGAUGUGGUCAUUGUCAAUCACGUCAAGGCUGCUGUUGCGGACGAGCCGCCGGAUCUGUCACAAGGACAAAAAUGUGCUGACCCCCUAACUCCUGUUCCUCCAUUUUCACAAUCCCCUGCUCACUCCCCCUUCACCUCCCUUGCCCUCCACCCCUCCUUUCCGCAUACAUCCUCUCCCUGCAUGUCUACAGCAUCCAACUGCAACGUCAUCCUUCACCAUAGCACGCAGUCAACCCUCUUCGACCGUACCUCCUAA